AUGAGUCUAUUCCGGGCACACCUCGUCUUUUAUCGGUGUGCUCUCAAUCUAAAUUCAUCUUAUAACUUUGGUUUCUUAGUUGCAAUUACCUUUGUACUCCAAAUAAUUACAGGUAUCACUUUAGCGUUCCGAUAUACUUCUGAAGCAUCUUGUGCAUUUGCUAGUGUUCAACAUCUAGUUAGAGAGGUAGCAGCAGGAUGGGAAUUUAGGAUGUUGCAUGCAACAACUGCUUCUUUCGUCUUCUUGUGUAUCUUAAUACACAUGUCUCGAGGUAUGUAUAACUCCAGCUAUAGUUAUUUAACUACUGCUUGGAUGUCUGGUUUAGUUUUAUAUCUACUUACUAUAGCCACUGCUUUCCUCGGUUAUGUACUACCAUGGGGACAGAUGAGUUUUCUGGGGUGCUACAGUCAUUACUAAUCUCCUUUCUCCAAUACCAUAUUUAGUACCUUGGUUACUCGGUGGAUACUAUGUAUCUGAUGUAACAUUAAAACGAUUCUUUGUAUUGCACUUUAUAUUACCUUUUGUAGGUUGCAUUCUAAUUGUAUUACACAUCUUCUAUUUACAUUUAAAUGGUUCUAGUAACCCUGCAGGUAUUGAUUCCGCACUUAAAGUAGCCUUCUAUCCUCAUAUGUUAAUGACCGAUGCUAAAUGUCUAUCCUAUCUAAUUGGUUUAAUUUUCUUACAAACGGCUUUUGGUUUGAUUGAAUUAUCGCACCCAGAUAACUCCAUACCAGUGAACCGGUUUGUAACUCCGCUUCAUAUCGUACCUGAAUGGUACUUUUUAGCAUAUUAUGCGGUGUUAAAAGUAAUCCCAUCCAAAACCGGUGGUUUGUUAGUAUUUAU